CAAAAUGGCGGCACUUGGCAGGUCCAUAGAAAAUUAAUAAUUCGUUUCGUGUUCUAAUAAUUUUAUCUGUGGGAGUGUGGAAAUCUGUAACCAUGAGCGGUGAAUCCGAGAGCCCGGUGUAUUGUUCUUUCGUGGGCAUCCAGUACAUAGUCUGUGAUUGUGGGGAUGCUUUUGAAAAUGAGGAGUCUCACAGGCACCAUUUGCAAGUGAAGCACCCUGAUACCUUCAAGAAACACUUCGUCAGACGGCUCAAAAAAGUCCCGCCACCUACUAUAACUGAGUACAAAUGUGGCGAGUGCGGAAACAUAUAUCCGACGGAGGAGGAAUGUGUGGCCCACCAAGAAGCCGACCACAUCCCCUUCAUGGAGGAAGAGGUGGUGUACCUAGACGAAGACCACGAAGAAAAUUUUGUUGUUCCAGAAAUGAUCGAAUCUUCCACGUCUAUGGAAAGUGUCGGCACCUUGUCCCUAAAGAACCACUUACCAGUUCGAGUGCAGAGCCUGCCGUCGAAAUCCGCUAUAUCCCAGGACGGUACGGUCCCAGACACAGUGCCUUCGGUGAGGAAGCCAGCGCCACCGCCCAGACAAAGGAAACGGCCAGUGUACAGGCAUAAGAAUAUUGUGUGUGAGACGUGUGGGAAAAAAUAUGCUUCCAACGCAGCUCUGAGGUAUCACCAAAGAGUGCACACGGGCAUUCGUCCAUACCAAUGCACGUACUGUCCGAAGAGUUUCACCAUGUCACUGUUUUUGCAGAUACAUAUUCGGACGCAUACGGGCGAGAAACCAUACGCCUGCGCGAAAUGCCCUAAGGCGUUCAGCAACCGCGCCGCCUUGCUCAGACACGAUCGGGUCCACACAGGGAUCAAGCCUUACGAGUGCCCUAAAUGCGGCAAGUGCUUCACCCAAUCCAAUUCCAUGAAGCUUCACUUCCACACAGUCCAUCUGAAGAUGCCAGCUCCAUACAAGUCGAAACGGAGGCAAAUGGAUGCGGAGGGCAGACCGAAAAAACCUAGGAGAGAGGAGCCUCCUGAUAAUAUGGAGAAGUUGGCGGAACUAAUUAGACAAGAUCCGGCGCUUCAGGACGUGUAUUACGAGAUCAAAACGCCGGCGGGACGUAAAAUUACGCUCGGCUCGUCGUUCAUUAAGAAAGAACCGGUAGAGCCUGCGGAGAUGGUCCCAGCAACGCUGACAAUACUGCCAGAAAACGCAAUACCGUUACAAUUAAACGAGGGUGAAGUAAUAAACUGCGAGGUCAAAACGGAAAACGAAGAUGAAGAGCUUACGUAUGAAAUUAUGUCGACCACAGACGGAUUACCCCAGUACGCUUGCAGCGUAUGCAGUAAACUUUUAGACAAGAGUGUUACUUUCAAGCGAAUGUGCGACAGCUCCCAGGAUCUCCUUAACUUUGCUAAGUGGCAGGAAACGUUGUCCACAUCCUACAUUCAAAGCCUAAAAUUCACGUCACCGUUCUCAUUUUCAAUAAAAACCAACGAUACAAUCAGUUGUGACACAAACGAAGAAACUGAUCAGUUUAUCAAAGAAGAAAGGGAAUAUGAUGAUGAUGUUAAUGAUGAUGAUUAUAAAGUAAAAAGCGAGUCAAGCGAUGACGACUUACCGAUCAAAAUAUUACCGAAGAAAAUCAAAAUAACCGUAGAACGUCCUAGAAAAAUUGUGAAAAAACCCAAACCAGCGUCUAAAGUGAAGAAAAAACCCGUUGAGUUAAAAAAGAAAUUGACCAAAAAGGUAGAGAAAAAACCUAAAACAGAAAAUAAAGUAGAGUUAGACGAUGACAUACCGAAAGGAGAAGUAGAUGUGAUAAUGUUAACGAAAGAGCAGCAAAUAGAGGAAGUCCAAGCAAGAAAGAGUACGAUGAAUUAUCUGAGUUCGUUCUACAAAUGCGAUCUUUGUUUCAAAGGAUUUAUAUCAACGGAAACAUAUAAAAAUCAUAUGGAACGACAUGAUCCGAGCAGCGGUUUAUACGAGUGUGACAUCUGCCACAUACGAUUCGAAGAUAUGCGUGCGUUACGCGGCCAUCUUGCCAAACUUCAUGAGAGGAACUACGUCUGCAAGCUUUGCAAGCAUAUCUCCAAGUCUAAACACGGAGCUAAAUUGCAUUCGAAGUGGCACAGCGGCCAUACUUUUGUUUGCAAGUUCUGCGGUAUGUCGUUUACCAAGAAGACAAGUCACCUAUCGCACGUGCGUAUCCACCACCCAUCAGAACAUGUGAAUUGCGAUAUAUGCGGCGAAGCGUUCAUAGGCGAGCACGGGCUUAGGAUGCACAAGCAGAAGGCACAUAGGGAUGUUAAGGACCUAGAGCCGGAAUUGGAGACGAAAUGUGCUAACUGUAAAGUGCGGUUCCAAAAUAUAGACGCUUUCAAAAGGCACACGAGUAGCGCCGUGGAUGGACAGUGCGACCCUAGCCUUAGACCGUGUGCUAAGUGCGGGGAAGGAUGCAUCUCCGAGUUUGAACUCAAAGAACACUUGAAGCAGCAUUCGAAAGAAAAAAUCAAGAAGAAGAACAGAAGGAUGAAGUGUGAAGAGUGUAACGUAACAUUCAGUCUGGCGCGCUCGUACACUCUCCAUUACCAGCGAGUGCACCUCCGUUUGAAGGACGCGUUCAUUCCUGGACGAGCGCCGGUGGUGUGCGAGAUUUGUGGCAAGAAGUGUACGACGGCAACAUCGCUUCGUUUCCACCAGCGAACUCACACGGGGGAGCGGCCUUACCAAUGCACGGAGUGUCCCAAGAGAUUCAGUGUAGCUCAGCGGUUACAGAUUCAUCAACGCACACACAGCGGGGAAAGACCGUACGCCUGCCCACACUGCCCUAAAGCGUUUAAAGGGAAACCUAACCUCAACAGGCACGUACGAGUCCAUACGGGGGCGAAGCCCUAUUCAUGCUCGCACUGCGGCAAAUCGUUCUCCCAAUCCAACUCCAUGAAAGUGCACAUUCGUACUGUACAUUUGAAGCUGCCAGCGAGAUCGGGAUUGGAUUCUCAUGAGCUACUCUGAAAGAGGGACUAUUGACUAUUCCCACCUCUCGUUCCCACCGCUGCAACUCCUGUGUAGCCAGGAUCUACAGCUUGACCGCCAACCUAACCAGUGAAGGUCAAGUUUGUCCUGUAAAGUUAACUGUCAUUGGACUCGCAACGAAAUUAAUCAGAAGAACAUAGGAGUUUUAAUCUGAAGAAUAUAGGAGGAGUAGAAGUUAAGGAUUGACCCUCCAAUGGAUAGCAGUGCAAAGAUGUACUGUAGAAACUGCUUGGCAUUAAGUCCGCCAUUACGUCUGUCUUCUUCGCGCAUGUGCAAUAAAGUUCUCACGUGACUGAUAAUGUCACACACUGGCUGCUAGUUGCUGGAAAUGUCACACAUUUACCUAUUAGUUGCUGAAAGUGUCACAGUGGUCUUAUGUGACUGAGUACUCAGUAAGUUGACCUAUGUCUCUGUGAACAUUUUGAGACAGUGCUAUGGAGUAAAAUUAGGUAUUUAAACUAUGAUCUCUAGUUAACAUUAAGUUAAAAAUGUAUGUGCAUUUAUUAUUAAGUAUUUCCUUCGAAUGCCAUGCAAUGACCAUAAAACAAUGGUGAUGUUCUAAUAUAAUUUUAUUUCUCCAGCAUUUGUAUAGAAAUUGUGAGUGUUGAUAAUUUAUUAAAUUGUGUAAGUGAUAAAUAUAUUGAAUUAACGAA